AUGCAUCCAGGUGUAUGUACACAGCACACAUCUAUUACUGAGCAGCAGCAGCAGCAGCAGCAACAGCAGCAGCAGCUGCAGCUGCAGCAGCAGCAACACAGCAGCAGCACAGUAGCAACACAACCAGCACAGCAGCUGCGAAAACACCAGCACAGCAGCAGCAGUACCCGCAAAGCAGCAGCAGCAGCAACAACAGCAGCAGCACAACAGCAGCAGCAGCAGCAAGACAGCAGCAGCAGCAGCAGCAGCAGCAGCAGCAGCAGAGCAGCAGCAGCAGCAGCAACAGCUGCAGCAGCAGCAGUAACAGCAGCAGCAGCUGCAGCAGCAGCAACACAGCAGCAACACAGUAGCAACACAACCAGCAACCAGCACAGCAGCUGCGAAAAUACCAGCACAGCAGCAGCAGUACCCGCAAAGCAGCAGCAGCAGCAACAGCAGCAGCAGCACAACAGCAGCAGCAGCAGCAGCAAGACAGCAGCAGCAGCAGCAGCAGCAGCAGCAAAGAGACAGCGAGACGGAAAGAGACAGAGACAGAGAAAGAGACAGAGAAGGAGACAGAAAGAGACAGAGAGAGAAGGAGACAGAAAGAGACAGAAACAUAGGAGACAGAGAAAGAGACAAACACAGAAAAGGAGACAGAGACAGAGACAGAAAGAGACGGAGACAGAGGAGACAGAGACAGAGAAAGAGACAGAGAAAGAGACAGAAAAGGAGACAGAGAAAGAGACAGAGAAAGAGACAGAAACAGAGGAGACAGAGGAGACUGAGACAGGGGAGACAGGGGAGACAGGGACGACAGAAAGAGACAGAAAAGGAGACAGAAAAGGAGACAGAAAAGGAGACAGAAAAGGAGACAGAAAAGGAGACAGAAAAGGAGACAGAGAGUUGAGGUCAACAGCAGCAGCAGCAACAGCAGCAGUAGCAGCAGCAGGAAACGUUGCAGCAGUAAGAGCAGCAGCAGCAACAGUAGCAGCAGCAGUAGCAACGGUAGCAGCAGCAACAGCAGCAGCAACAGCAGCAGCAACAGCAGCAGCAACAGCAGCAGCAACAGCAGCAGCAGUAACAGCAGCAGCAGCAGUGGCAAGAGUAAGGACAGCAGCAGCAGCAACAGCAGCAGCAACAGCAACAGCAGCAGCAGCAGUAAGAGCAGCAGCAGCUGACGAUGAGGAGACAGAUAAGGAGACAGAAGGAGACAGAUAA